AUGUCGGUACGUUUGUCUAGCGGGUGUCUGCCCGCAAAUGGUGAGAAACCACCUGCACCCUCGUCAGAUAAGAUCGAUUCCAAUGGUCAACAGAACAAUUUGCAGGACCAUCAACAACUGCAGCAACAACCUCGGAGUAAUAGUAUGGACUAUUUAAACUUCGAGGAGAAAAGACAAAUAAUUGCGUCUUCCUUGUCAUUAACGGACUUCUUGCACACUAGUGGUACAGCUACUACGCCCACAUCACCGACCACUGGCAAGUUUAUUAUUGCCAAGAAGCAAAAUGGUACAGCACUUCGAACUAAUAGCUUAGGAUCAGGAACACGUACCAGUCCUUUACAAUUAGAUCGAAAACAACCAAGCAAGUUCUCUGCAUUAGGUAAACUUUUCAAACCAUGGAAAUGGAAACGAAAAAAGAAAUCGGAAAAAUUUGAAACAACAUCUAGAAAUUUGGAAAGGAAGAUCUCAGUACGAGCAAAUCGAGAUGAAUUAAUCCAGAAAGGAAUCUUGUUUUUAGAUAGUCCAAUGGCUCAAACACACACGAUCUCUGAAUCAGAUAAUUCACCCCAACUAAAUCAAACUUCAAGUGGAACAACUACUUGUGUUACCGUCACUUCUAAUAUUGGUUCAUCAUUGCUCUUCCAACAGCAACAAAAUAGAUAUUCUAACCAAUUUAUGAAUGACUUGAACAAAGAUAACAAGACUGAAACGGUGCAAGGCCAUAAUGAGCCAGUAGAAUUAAGUUUUGAGCAGCAGCAGCAGCAGCAGCAGCAGCAUGUUGCUGAACAGCCUAGUAGCUCAAAGCCUGAACGACCUAACUCGCUCACGGGUCCUGGUGGCACGCUCACCAGACGCCUGUUCUGUUACCAUGCACCUAAUCAGUCCUUAUUGGUAGGAUCAGGUCAGUCACCUACGAGACCUCCAAAUUCACUAUUGCCAUCAGGUUGUGAAUCUCCAAAGUUAAAUUGUGAUAGGACAUCUUCGAUGAUUAUGCCUGGACAAAAUAUGUCACAGAUGGCCAGUGGUGUUAGGACAGGCUAUUAUCAUUCCAGCCCUAGGAUGAUGUAUAACAAUCAUCCUGGGCAUUCAUCAUUAAUGCUUUCUGAUUUACCUGAACCCCCUAUACCGGUGUCUGAAGUCGGUCCAAUACCUCCACCACCCAUGUUCAGCUCACCAGCUCAACAAUCAUACUUAUACCAACAUAACAAUCGUCAAAAUCAUCGUGCCAAUGAUAACAAUGACGAGGAAAUGGAAAUGGCAACUAAUGAAGAUGAUUAUGACGAUGAGGACUAUGAUGAAGAAGAAGAUGAUGAUGAUGAUGAAGAAGAAGUAGAUGAUGAUGACGAUUCUAAUGGAUUUAGAAUAAGAAGUCGUCACAAUUUUCCUAGUCAUAUAGAGCAGAUUCCUGCUAAAGAACCUGUUUUUAAUGCACAACCUCUUAAGUCAGCACUGAAAAAACCAUCUACGCCUAAUCAAAGUCAAGAAUCAUCACAAUUGCUCAAUGGUGCUAAUCGUCCAGUAGUGUUUGGAAUUUCACUUCCGUGUUCAUUACAAGAGAAUAAAGAAAAUGCUAGACCUAAUGAGUCUAGUGAUGAUGACAGUUCUGGUGAUGGACCUAUAUUGUACAGAGAUGAUAAUUUAGACAAUCGAUUGGCCGAAAAAAUUGCAAGGAAAGACAGUCUUGCUAUUAAACUGGCUUUGCGUCCCAAUCGACAAGAGCUCAUUAAUCGUAAUAUUCUUCAAGUUCAGAGUGAUAAGGAGCGACAAGAAACAAAAGAAGUGAUUGGUGCACGUCUUAUUAGACGUUUGAGCAUGCGUCCAACACAGGAAGAACUUGAAGAAAGAAAUAUCUUAAAAAAACAAACAGCUGCGGAAGAAAAAAAAUUAAAAGAAGAAAAGAAACGCAUGUUAUUAAGAAAAUUAAGUUUUAGGCCAACAGUUGACGAAUUGAAAGAAAAAAAAAUUAUUCGAUUCAAUGAUUACAUAGAAGUAACACAAGCACACGACUAUGAUCGACGGGCUGAUAAACCAUGGACACGGUUGACAACCAAAGACAAAGCAGCUAUACGAAAAGAACUAAAUGAAUUUAAAAGCUCAGAAAUGGAAGUGCAUCAAGAAAGUAAACAUCUUACCAGAUUUCAUAGACCGUGA